AUGAUGGUGCCGAAUGACAACUGCCAUCCAACCUCAUGUCUGCGGCAAUCUGAGACUGGCCAUGGCGAUGGCCCACACCCACUACCACUUGCCAACAACCCAGUUUUUCUCCAGAUCGAUCACUCCCAGUUCCCGCACAUUAUCGACACUGUGAUCAGCUAUGCGACGUGGGAAGCGCUGGGGGCCUUUGCAUCCACGUCGCGAUACUACAAACAUCGCAUCGAGGCCAUGAUGUUCAAGCACAUGGUGCUCUCACGCUACGCGGACAAGACGUACGGCGUCGCCGUUGGUUCCCCGCACGGUCCCCUCCCCCACUUCCCGCCGCUCAACUACAACUACACCCAUGCGCUCCGGCAUCCGCGGGCCAAGCGGCGCAAGGCCGGCUUCGACUGGCGCGGCGCUGCACUGGGGUAUGCGCGCAUCGUGGACGUCUGCGGUCCAAUCGAGGAGCUGAUCGUAUGGCUCGGUCGAGCCAUGACAAGCCCCGAGAUUGUGCGCGUGUUUCCGGACACCAAGGGCGAAUGCUCCUACGCAACUAACAUUCCCAUCACCGUGCCGACGCUCGUCGUCGCACCCGGUGGUCGGUUCAAAGAGUGCUAUGCGCCAAUUGCGCUGGGCGUUUCCAAGAUAGUGAUCCACCUCGACGCCGACAAGCAGCCCUUGCCCAAGUUCCGCUCGUUCUCGUGGCCCAUCCAGCGCAUGUGGUUUGAGGAGCCGGCGGAGCCCCAGUACCCACCAGUGGACGACAAGCACUCUGUCUCGCGACACGUGGUCAUCCUGUUCUCACAGUCGCACAGGAGCAUGGGGCUCCUCCCUCCUGGUGCGCCAGGAUUCGGCAAGACGCGGUGGGAGGGCAUGGUCCAAGUCCUCAGGAGCAACAGCUACAUGGCGUACGCAUACACCCUGGUGGACCUGGACGAGCUCGACCCCGAUUGCUUUGACCUCCUGGACGAGCUGGAAGGAAUGUCAAUGUCGCAAAAGUUGAUGGCAGACGUCGCUGGGGCUCCGGUGUUUGGGUACCUGGGUCGGACCAUCAAGGCUCCGACCAUCACCUUUAUGACGCGCGCACAGUAUGCAGCGCUCCCCGGGGUGCACCGUAUGGAGCUUGAUGUCCCUACCGGAAGCUCACAGACCCACCUCACCGCCACCCAGCCUGCAGGCUCCUGUCGCGAGCCGAACCACUAUGAGGUGGCCUUCUACUUUGCCAAGCUCGCCUACUCGACCGCCGCCAUCGAUAUCAACUACUUUCCACACGUCGUCGAGGCAAUCUACGCUGCGUGCGACGCCGAGGCCCUUUUCGUGAUGUCGCAAACGUGCCGCGUUUUCAGAAAGUGGGCCAUGGACGACCUCACUGAGCACGUCGUCGUUGAACGUAAAGGCAACGAAGUGCGGGUCGCGUCAAGCCUCGGAAACGUCGAGGCGCCCUUCCCCAUACUGGCAGUACGCCGGUUCGCCCUCAGAGCCACGGAGUUGGCGCGCAACGGAUUCGAACGAGGACAGCAGGCCAGUGGCAUCACAGGCCCCGCCGAGUGGGAUCCAGCGCAAAAGGUAUUCUGGGCGAGCCUUACAGAGCGCACUGUCGGCACCCUCGACUUGCGAGGCCGAGUCCCCACACCUCUAUACGACCGCAGCAAGCUCAUGUCUGUCGAAUACUUGCGCAUCUUCCCCGAAGCGUCGACCCGACUCUUUGCGUGUGCGGCCUGGAAGUACUGCAACCCAGCCACCCUCGUCCUCUUCACCUAUGCCGUGAAUUACCCGGUGUGGGUGACGAGCAUGUUUACUCCCAAGAUGGGCAUCUUGCACAUGACGCGCCUCACCACCAUCAUUAUCAACAUCGACUCUCUCAGCAGCGAGUUCCAAACGUCCACUUUGGGAUUCGACGUGGAGGCUUUGCCACGCAGCGUCAAGACCGUGAUUUGCGUGGUGCACCAUUCUCAGUCACCCGCACUGGACAACGUUGGCCGCCUUGGGGUGCGCGACGAGUGCCGCCGCCUAAGCCUCGCAUAUCUCGCCGUCGUUGUCGUCGGACAAGGCAGACGAUUCAUCCCCGACUUUCCACCUGAACUGGACGACUUGUACAGCUACCGCGCCUCGUACUCGACUGUGAGGGACGAAUCGUGCCGAGACGGGUGGCGGAAGUUGAACGAAUGGGAGCGUCGGUCGCCUGGUAUCCUCAACCGGCUUCGAACCGUGCUGCGCAGCUCGAAAAAGUACAGGUACACGGAGCGCAUGGCGGCGCAGAGGCCGGAAGGGCUCAAGCUGGAGACGGGUUUGACCAAGGGCAGGGACAGUAGCCAGUACAAGACCGGCCUGCCUUGGGGUAUGGUCCAGCCGUAG